CGGACUUCUCGAGUAUUCGCAGGAAGGUUAAGUAGAGAUACUGUUUCUGAUUCAAAGACGAUGGCUGCCACCGCUAUUCUCCGAUCGCUUCGCAGACGCGACGUCGUCUCUGCGCCUCUUUCCGUCUACAAAUCUGUACGUUUUUGCGUCUUGUUGGUGAAAUAGUUGAUAGAUCGAGAAAAAUUCGCGAUUCGUUUGGUUUCGUCUUUGAUUUCAGUGAUGAGCGUCUCGGUUUUGUCUUGGGAUACGAAAACGAUAUUCUGAUUGGCAGAUUUUGAUGUUGUUUGUGUUUAAUCGUUGAUAUAGAAAAAAAAAAUUGAGAACACGAGAUUAUGUAAUAGGGUACAGAUUUGUAUAGCCUCUUGUGGAAUAGAAAUGAACUUCUUCUCGGGAUGAUCUGAAUAAUAUUAGCAAUUUUCUAUAAAAAAAAUACUGUGUGCCUCUAUAUUCCUUUUGUGAAUAUUGUGCAAAAAUUUUGGGAUGAAGAAGAUGAGAGAGUGAGAGAGAUACUUAGUUCCAUAUGCAUAUUAGGAGUACUUUUUUGGGGGGUGGUUAGAUAGAAUCAGAUGGUAGGCUCUUCUUUUUCUUGUUUGGUUUGGGUAGGGAUAGUUUUUUUUUCCUUAACUGUGCUUGAAAAACGUUUUUCUUUGCAGCUUGCUGGUAACGCUCAACCUUCAUUAGGUAGUGGUCAGAACUAUGCAAGUUUGUGUAGAGCUUUCGGAUCGAGAGCCGGUCUGAAUGACAAUGUUGGGACUGGUUUUGGAACAGCCAACAUAAGCAAUGCCAUUAGAGAGGAGAGAGAGCAUUCAAAAGCUACUGUGAAUGCAAUGGGAGCUCAUUUGAGAGCUCUUGGUUUGGGAACACCAAGACGUGUGUUGUCUACAAUCUCAGAGGGUAUAAAGCUGACAGAGGAGGACCAGACUUCUCCAAAGCCCCAAAGCUUUCGCCCUCUAUCUCCUCAUCUCACUGUUUACCAGCCGCAGAAGAACUCCAUGUUAUCCAUUUUCAACAGAAUCUCGGGGAUUUACUUGACAGGAGUCUUUUAUGGCGGCUAUCUUCUCUACCUGAAGAUGGGUAUGAUCUGCCUCACUUACCCUGGUUUCUACCAAGUUCAUUACCAUGUACAACAGCAACUCCCCAUCAUCACCUCGGUUACUGCAUUAGCUGCGGUUUACCAUACUAUCAAGAGUAUUCACUCGCUCAUGACCCAUUGAAACAACCUUUCUGCCAAAGCUCUUUCGUUGUUUGGUUAAGCCGGCCAAAGUCUCCAGUAAGAGUUUCCUUGAGAUGCACAAGAUCUAAUAAAAAAAGAGAGUAGAUGUUAAACUCUCAUUGUCUUUUGAGAAGUGUUUAGCUUUUGUUUUGGGAUUUUGGGCUUUUAAAAACUUAUGUCUGUUUGCUUUUUCCUUGUUCUAAGACCUUAUUGAAGGGGUUGGAAUGUAAUAAGUUGUUAACUAACCAGUUAUUCUCCGCUGCUACAUGAAGUCCUAUGCAUGUGUGAAACUAAUGUGUUCUCGAAUACACAAUCUCGAUUGUGUAUGAAACUAAUUCUCAGAAACUUUGGC